UCAGGGGGUGUGGUGUCACGUGGUACUUUUAAAUUGCUGGAGUUUUGGAUGGGCUGCACAAAGUGCACAGAAGCAUCCAACAAAUCAACAUCACCUGAGGACUGAAGCAAGAAUGGACGCAGGUCUCAAGCCGAUGAACGGGGAUCUGGAGAGAAAGGGCUCUCUGACCUCGUCCUACCUGGAAGAACCAUUAAACAAAUCAGGAGUGGUGUCCUGCAUUUUCUCUCUGAAAGAGGAGGUUGGCGCUCUUGUAAAAGCUCUGAGACUGUUUGGGGAGAAAGGCAUUAACCUGACGCACAUCGAGUCCCGUCCAUCACGCAAGAACAAAGAAGAAUAUGAGUUCUUCAUCAGCGUGGAUCAAGCCUCCUCUAAAGCUAUGGAUGAAGUUGUUGACAGUCUGCGCACUCAGAUCAGUGGCCAAGUUCAUGAGUUAUCUCGCAACAAACAGAAAGACACAGUUCCAUGGUUUCCCAAUGUCAUCCAUGACUUGGACCGCUUUGCCAAUCAGAUUCUCAGUUACGGGUCCGAGCUGGAUGCAGACCAUCCUGGCUUUACGGACCCCGUGUACCGCGCCAGGAGGAAGGAAUUUGCUGACAUUGCCUACAACUACAGACAUGGACAGAUUAUUCCACAAGUUGAAUACACGGCUGACGAGAAGGCCACAUGGGGGAAGGUUUUUAGGGAGCUGAAGACUCUGUACCCCACACAUGCCUGCCGUGAACACAACCGUGUUUUUCCGCUGCUGGAGAAGUACUGCGGGUACCGUGAGGACAACAUCCCGCAGCUAGAGGACAUCUCACGCUACUUGCAGUCAUGCACUGGUUUCCGUCUGCGUCCCGUGGCCGGUCUCCUCUCCUCGCGUGACUUCUUAGCUGGUCUCGCCUUCCGUGUGUUUCACUCGACCCAGUACAUUCGCCAUAGCUCCAAACCCAUGUACACACCUGAACCGGACAUCUGUCAUGAGCUGCUGGGUCAUGUCCCACUGUUUGCUGACCCAAGUUUUGCCCUGUUCUCACAGGAAAUUGGACUUGCUUCUUUGGGCGCCCCUGAUGAGUUCAUAGAGAAACUGGCUACAGUCUACUGGUUCACUGUGGAAUUUGGUCUGUGCAAGCAAGGAAAUGAAGUUAAGGCUUAUGGUGCAGGUCUGCUCUCAUCUUUUGGCGAACUGCAGUACUGUUUAACAGACAAGCCCAAACUUCAGCCCUUCGAGCCUGAGAAGACCUGUCUGCAGAAGUAUCCCAUUACAGAGUUCCAGCCUGUUUACUUUGUGGCUGAAAGUUUCGAGGACGCCAAAGAAAAAGUCAGGAAAUUUGCUGCCACCAUUCCCAGACCUUUCACUGUGCACUACAAUCCGUACACACAGAGCAUUGAGGUGCUGGACAACACACAGCAGCUGAAGAACCUGGCUGACAGCAUCAGUGGUGAGAUCUCAAUCCUGUGCAAUGCCCUGCGGAAGAUGAAUUGAAACGAUGGGGAGUAAAGAAGAAAUGCAGGAAAAUCAAAGAAGCUCCAUAAGCAUCAUCUAUAUUGCUUUUUAGGCUCAUCUAUAGUUUUGCUAAUCAAGCUGUGACAGAGAGAGCAUUUUAUUAAAUAUUAAAAUAGUCAUUAUAUAUUGCAUGUAGACAUUAUAGCCUAAUUGUUCUAGUCCAAAUAUAGGCACUACGUAUUUAUCUGACAUAUAACGAAAUCAUACGAAACAAAUACCCCUGUAAAACAAAUCGCAUGUAAAUACCAAAAAAGCUUCCGGCAUUCUGAGGCGCACUUCUCGCAAUAGGCUAUUUGCUAUUUUAUAUAUGAUAUAUAUUACUAUGUAUUUUACAAUCUUGGUAGUUUAAUCGUACAGAAAUACAGAUUGCCUACCGUCCACAAUUUGCUUCAGCUGUUGCUUCUUCUUGUCGCACAAUGUUGCUGUAAUUUUCCCAAACAACCCGCAAUCAGUGAAUCACAGGAUGAAAGGCGUAUGUGUUGAGCCAAUGUAUUUGGGGGACGAAUUCUUUUUAUGAGUGCUUUUAUUUUUACAUGCGUUCAUAUGUUUUAUUAAACCAAAGCUUAAUAAUUUGCAGUUUCGCUUGAUCGUGAACGCAAUUCAGCAUACUGCAUUUGUCAUUUAUCUGUGACUUAAAUGUUAUGCAUGCAUUGUCACAUGUAUUUAAAAAAUCAAUAAAAGAUAUGUUAUUAUUAAAAACUA